AUGUUCAAUCUACCACUGGGGGUCAUCGAGGUCAUGUCUCAAAUCUCGACAACCUUGCCAUCCUCCGCAUCCGCCACCAAGCCGCAGCUUCUUGUUUCACCUACGUGCCUCGCAGAAAUCGCCGGGGGGAAAAAGGCAUUGUGGUGCUGCUUGCCGGUGGUCUUGGGUCCUCAGAACUCUAUCAGCAGUGCCUGCCGUUUUCUCUUGCACCAUAGGCUUGACCACUGGUGGUCCCAAUUCAACAAGCUCAGGCUGGAAGUUUUGAGGAUGCAUCAUGACAAGAACCUGCAUUGCCUCAUCAUUAUCUCUAUAUGUACUAUAUGA